UAAAAGGCGGCGGAGACGCUCCUUCUUCUCUGAGGAAGCUUUCACAAGGGUCUCCUGCGUCUGCUUUUGGUCAUCCGCGAGAGAGAGGGAGAGUGGACGAAAGUGCUGUUCUCUGCUCGCACACGGAUCGAGAUGGCUGGAGCCAAGGCGAUAAGCUUGGACGAGAUCAAGAAUGAGAACGUCGAUUUGGAACGGAUUCCUAUUGAGGAGGUUUUUGAGCAACUGAAGUGUACCAGGGAAGGUCUCUCUUCCGCGGAAGGAGAGAAUCGACUUCAAAUCUUUGGGCCAAACAAACUUGAAGAGAAGAAGGAGAGCAAAUUUCUCAAAUUUUUGGGUUUCAUGUGGAACCCCCUUUCAUGGGUGAUGGAAAUGGCUGCCAUCAUGGCCAUUGCCUUGGCCAACGGCGGUGGAAAACCCCCAGACUGGCAAGACUUUGUCGGUAUUGUAGUGCUGCUUGUGAUAAACUCCACCAUCAGUUUCAUUGAAGAAAACAAUGCUGGCAAUGCUGCUGCAGCUCUUAUGGCUGGCCUGGCUCCAAAAACGAAGGUGCUCAGAGAUGGCCGCUGGUGUGAGCAGGAAGCUUCCAUACUUGUUCCUGGUGAUAUAAUCAGCAUUAAACUUGGAGAUAUUGUCCCUGCUGAUGCCCGCCUCUUGGAAGGUGAUCCUUUGAAAAUAGACCAGUCUGCGUUAACUGGAGAAUCUCUCCCUGUCACUAAGAACCCAGGAGAUGAAGUGUUCUCCGGGUCAACUUGCAAGCAGGGUGAGAUUGAGGCCGUUGUCAUUGCCACUGGUGUGCAUACAUUUUUUGGGAAGGCUGCUCACUUGGUGGACAGCACAAACCAAGUUGGUCAUUUCCAGAAGGUCCUCACAGCCAUUGGCAAUUUCUGCAUUUGCUCCAUUGUUAUUGGAAUGGUUGUGGAGAUCAUCGUCAUGUAUCCUAUUCAGCAUCGAAAAUACAGAAAUGGGAUUGAUAAUCUCUUGGUCCUCUUGAUUGGAGGCAUACCGAUUGCUAUGCCUACUGUCUUGUCAGUGACUAUGGCUAUUGGAUCCCACAGGCUGUCUGAGCAGGGCGCUAUUACAAAGAGGAUGACGGCAAUAGAGGAGAUGGCCGGUAUGGAUGUUCUCUGCAGUGACAAAACUGGGACACUAACACUCAACAAGUUGAGUGUUGAUAAGAACCUCAUUGAGGUCUUUGCAAAGGGUGUUGAUAAAGAGUAUGUGGUCUUAUUGGCUGCAAGAGCAUCGAGAACUGAGAAUCAGGAUGCUAUUGAUGCUGCCAUGGUUGGGAUGCUUGCAGACCCAAAGGAGGCUAGAGCAGGUAUAAGGGAAGUACAUUUUCUUCCCUUCAACCCUGUUGAUAAAAGAACUGCUCUGACCUACAUUGAUUCAAAUGGAAGCUGGCACCGUGUAAGCAAAGGUGCUCCAGAGCAGAUUGUGAGCCUUUGCAAUUGCAAAGAAGAUGUCAGGCACAAAGUGCAUAGUGUUAUUGACAAGUAUGCUGAACGUGGAUUAAGAUCACUGGCUGUUGCAAGACAGGAGGUACCAGAGAAGUCCAAGGAGAGUCCAGGGACGCCAUGGCAGUUUGUUGGUUUAUUACCUCUAUUUGAUCCACCUCGGCAUGACAGUGCAGAAACUAUUCGCAGGGCCCUCAAUCUUGGAGUCAACGUCAAGAUGAUUACUGGUGAUCAACUUGCUAUAGCUAAGGAGACAGGUAGAAGGCUUGGAAUGGGAACCAAUAUGUAUCCUUCCUCCUCAUUGCUUGGCCAAAAUAAGGAUGCAUCAUUGGAAGCACUUCCAGUUGAUGAACUAAUUGAAAAGGCCGAUGGUUUUGCUGGAGUUUUUCCCGAACACAAAUACGAAAUUGUGAAGAAGUUGCAGGAACGGAAGCACAUUUGUGGAAUGACUGGAGAUGGUGUUAAUGAUGCCCCUGCUUUGAAGAAAGCUGAUAUUGGAAUUGCAGUUGCUGAUGCUACAGAUGCUGCUAGAAGUGCUUCGGACAUUGUCCUCACUGAGCCUGGGCUUAGUGUGAUUAUCAGUGCUGUCCUUACUAGCCGAGCUAUUUUCCAGAGGAUGAAGAACUACACAAUUUAUGCUGUCUCCAUCACCAUUCGUAUUGUGCUUGGUUUCAUGCUUAUUGCACUAAUAUGGAAAUUUGACUUUUCGCCAUUCAUGGUUUUGAUCAUUGCCAUCCUAAAUGAUGGUACAAUCAUGACAAUAUCAAAGGACAGAGUGAAGCCUUCCCCAUUGCCUGAUAGUUGGAAAUUGAACGAGAUAUUUGCUACCGGCAUUGUUUAUGGAAGUUAUAUGGCUUUAAUGACUGUUAUCUUCUUUUGGGCAAUGAAAGACACUGACUUCUUCCCUGAUAAAUUUGGUGUCAGGUCAUUGAGAAAUAGUGAAGAUGAGAUGAUGUCUGCUUUAUACCUACAAGUCAGUAUUAUUAGCCAGGCACUUAUCUUUGUUACACGCUCCCGCAGCUGGUUUUUCGUCGAACGCCCUGGACUUCUGUUAGUCAGUGCCUUCCUUAUUGCUCAGCUUGUUGCAUCUAUGAUAGCUGUGUAUGCUGAUUGGGGCUUUGCGCGGAUAAAAGGAAUAGGUUGGGGUUGGGCUGGUAUCAUCUGGCUUUACAGCAUCAUCACCUUCUUCCCGCUCGAUUGGUUCAAAUUCGCAAUUCGUUAUAUUCUUAGUGGGAAAGCUUGGGAUAACCUCCUGCAGAACAAGACUGCUUUCACCACCAAGAAGGAUUACGGUAAGGAAGAAAGGGAAGCUCAGUGGGCAACGGCACAAAGAACUCUUCAUGGACUCCAACCCCCUGAGAGUGCCAACCUCUUCCCAGAGAAGAGUAGCUACCGAGAACUCUCCGAGAUUGCUGAGCAAGCUAAAAGGCGAGCCGAAAUUGCAAGGCUUCGUGAGCUCCAUACUCUCAAAGGUCAUGUGGAAUCAGUGUUCAAGCUCAAAGGUCUCGAUAUCGACAACAUCCAGCAGCAUUACACUGUAUGAGAACAGAACAAAGAGGGUGGUAGAACUGCAACUGGAAUGAAAAAAGCACACUUUGUUAGAGUAGGAUUUAUGAGGAUGGCCAUGCUUUUCUUCUCUUUUUUUGUAGUUCAAGUAUUGGGUCUUCCCAGUAUGACUGUGCCAUGGUGUGCUUAUAAAUGUUUGUGAUCCAGGUUUGAAAUGACUUUUCUAAAAAUGAAACUUUCUAUAAAAUUAAUAUUAAUAACUUUUAA